AUGACGGACGCGGAUGGCUACUUCAGUCCACGAAACCAUCCUCAGCGGAUUGUAUAUAUUUCCGAUGAUUCCGACUCCGACCUAGAUCCCGAGAUUUCAGAUUCAGAGAUGGAGCCCAUUGGCGAGAGGACACCGCUUUUCAGGCCCCCUACGGACAAUUCAAAACGGAGUAGUCCGUCGCUUCCUUCGCCUCCAUAUAACUACUCAACGUCAACUUACGGUAGCACACCUACGGGGAGGAUAAUGGGUGGUGGAGAUCGCUCGUUCAAUGAUGCAAUAGAAGAGGAGGAUGCAGCUCCUCCGUAUUACAGUGCCGAUCAUGCGCAGCAGCACGUGUGUACCGAGAAUUGCAACUGCGGGGCCGGAGAAAGCGCGCAGGCUGUGCCAGAAGAUAAAGGGUGGAGGCGCCCAGAUAUCCUCCGAGACCCGUGGGGAACCUUUGAAAGGAUCAAAAAGGAAAACUCCACGAGCGAAAUUUGCAGGUGGAUCUUCAUCCGGAUAGCAUUUGUGUUUCUUGCAUCGUUUCUACUCGCAGAAAUGUUUACCGUAAAACGGCACGGUCAUGGUGGAGGGCCACCGGGCAGACCUCCUCCAGGGCACGGUCAUGGUGGAGGGCCACCAGGCAGACCUCCUCCAGGGCCGCCGCCAGAUGAACCUGGGCGAAAGUGGCCGGAUUUUAACGCGUGCCCUCCUGGGCCGGGGCCUGAUUUCUUCGCCAAGAAAAAAUAUAUAUUCUCUGGCCCGAGUUCGUUUGCAUUUUCGGAGAUAUCGACAGCGGAUCCCCAAGCUUGGGAUCACGGCGGACAUAUUCAGGUGCUUGGCGAUGUGUUCGUGCAGGGCGUCGAGGACCUAAAGAAUGUUACUGUCGAUUUUGAGGUCAAGAUGACGGAGAGGGAGUUGGGGGACAAGUACAGUAUUGAUAUGAAUGAAGAAGGAAUUGUCUUCAAGGUAGGCCCAAAACCUCGACACGCCCUUUUAAUAUCAAUAUUUACAGGUUACAGACGAAUAGAACUCCUUUCAGAGGCCUUCGCGGCUGUAUUGAAGUACGGGCGACAAUUUCAGUCCCACUUCAAAAACCCGGAUUCCCGAGCGGGUAGUGUUAUCACAAGAUCAGCCUUCGGUGUAGAGUCAAAUAAGACCGUGAUUAUCAUUGACUCUGGUAAUAUCGAUGGUGAUUUCGGGCUCCAUGAUUUGGUCCAUCUGGAAACAAAAUCAGGGAGCAUAACCGCAAACGUCAUUCCUCAAGACUCAAACUCCCAUAUCGCUGAGUACGUUGCAGUGACUAUGUCAGGGCACAUAAAAACGAUUUUCCCUAGAGAUACAGCUAUCCUUCCGCAGGGAAGAAGCUACCGGUCAAAAGUUGAUACCGUCAGCGGUUCCAUCAGCGGUGAUUACGUACUUGGAGAAUCCCUCUAUCAUGGUACAGUGAGCGGAAGUAUCACAGCUUCCAUAACCGCCACCGGUGAAGGCCAUUCGACCCUUAUCACAGACACCAGACAAGGCUCCACCAACAUAUCAUUUACAAACCGUCUAGGAAACGGAAAUAAAAGUCUCACCGCAAAGCACACAUCUAUAAGCGGGCCGGUUAGAGUUGAAUAUCCGGGGGAUUGGGAGGGUGUCGUUACCGGAAAUAGCAUGUCCGGCUCAGUCCGCAUCACGGGUGAAGAUGUAGUCAUUGUGGAGGACAGAAAAUGGCCUGCUGGCCGUUUUGUAAAGGGCGUAAAAGGUUCUGGAGAGUACGGAGGAACAUCGGAGUGCAGUGCAGUCAGUGGGUCUGUCAGUGUCCUCGUAGCCACGUCAUGA